UAUGUUACCGCAAAUUUGUUCUUCCCCAAAAUAUCUUCUAUUCGUCUAGCAAUACGAAAAUGGUCUACUAGUGAGCAUGUUCCUUUGCAAAAGAUGUCUGAGGAAAUGAAGACGAAGUUUGAGAAGUAUUGGAAAGAAGUCCAUGGUCUUAUGUCUGUGGCAACAGUCCUUGAUCCAAGAUAUAAGCUUCAUAUGUUGCAAGCUUUGUUUGGCUCUCUCUAUGGGUUUGAACAUGCAACUACAGAAGUGGAGAAAAUUAGGAAGUUAAUGGGUGAUUUGUUGCUAGAAUAUCAAGCAUCUGAUGGUGGUGUGGGUACCUCGGAGUCACAUGUAGGUGGGAGUGUUUCUACCCAAGGUGGUGCUGCAGUAGAUGAAAUGGAGAAUAUAUUUAAACAAUAUAUGUCCUCGAAGCCUGUUACGAGUGCUUCUCGUGUGCGUACAGAACUGGACUUAUAUUUGGAAGAGGAAAUUAUCCAUAGGCCAGAGGGUCUCGACAUCAUCAAUUGGUGGCAGUAUGCAGGUAUCAAGUAUCCUACAUUGCGAAGAAUGGCUCAUGAUAUACUAGCCAUUCCUGUAACAACUGUGGCGUCGGAAUCUGCCUUCAGUACUAGUGGGAGAAUACUAAGUGCACAUAGAUGUUCACUUGCACCAAACAUGACUGAAGCUCUUAUGUGUAUGCAAGCUUGGUCCCGUGCAGACAUGUUAGGGGAUUGCAAUUCUACUCUCUUUGCGGACUUUGAAACUGUUCUUAAGGAUGACACAGAAAUGAUGGAGGUUGAUGAUCAAUCCAUCCUAACUGAAGCCUGAAACAUGAUUGUAUGAUGUUGCUGCUGCUGCUUGGUUGCGACGAGAAGGCGGACGACCCGGCGUGCUACACUGCUACCUGUUGUUAUUUACAUUUAUCCAUGGCUGCUACACUACUACUUCCUACUGCUAGCUUGUUGGCACACAACUACUCA